AUAAGUUCUGUCGAAUAGUGGUAUCUUCAAUUUCUUAAAGCAAAAUGAUCGUCUCAAUUGGAGUAAAAAUCUGGCUUCUAACAGCAGUCAUUCUGUUACUCUCUGUCAGUUGGCGCUUGUAUCAAAAGCGGAAGCACUAUCGCAAUGUCACCUCCAAGUUGCCAAUCAUCUGCCGCAUUACGUUUAUUAGAGUAGUUUAUUGCAUAUUGGAUGUGAAUAGAUUAUUUGAGGCUGUUAGUACCGGCUUCGAUGUCAUGAAGACAUCAACUGGUUGCAUUUGGGCAGCCGCAACACCGUACGUCGUUACCGUCGAUCCUGAGGUUAUCAAACAUGUCACAACCUCGCCUGAGUUCCUUAACAAAGCACCCGAUUUAUAUAGACAUUUCCAUAAUGAUAUAUUAAAUGGACUCGUCGUUAGUCCAGCAAGGAAAUGGAAACCCGAUCGCAAGGCCAUAAGCCCAUUCCUAGCAAAUAAUAAUGUCAUUGCAUUUUUUCCUGCCUUCAACGAGAAUGCAAAUAAUUUGAAGAAUAAACUAGCAAGAUUGGCUGGAAAAGGAGAACAGCAUAUAUUUACAAUUAUCAAAGAAUGCGGCUUGCAAUUGAGUCUUUUAACUAUUAUGGGAAUAAAGAUAGAUGAAGGCAGUAAGAAGUACCAGGAAAUUACGCGGGCAUUUAAUGCCUUUGGUGAUCACAUGGCAAUGGACCUUUUGCUCGGCUGGUUGGGUCUGGGCUUUCUAUCCCGUACCCCGCGUUAUAAAAGAGCUAUAAAAUGUUCACGCGACCUAGUACGAUCUGUGAUUAAAGAAAACCUUGCCAAACCAGUUGACUCGGAAGGCCAAAACAAUUUCGAAAAGAACAACAAAACGUUGAUUGAGUUAGCGCUGAAAGCUCUACGACAGGGAGUAUUCAAUGAAAAAGAUGUGGAAGUCGAGUGUUUCACCAUGUUUGCUGCGUCUUACGAGACUUCCGUUGGUGCAGCGUACACUUGCCUGGUGUUGUUAGCAAUGCAUCCUGAAAUACAAGAACGUCUUUUCCAAGAGCUUCAAUCCGUAUUUCCGGACGGAAUCACAUCCGUAGAAUAUGACGAUCUGAAGAAACUGCCAUAUUUGGAUAUGUGUGCAUCGGAAGCACUGCGUUUAAUUCCACCCGUAGCCUAUAUCGGACGGCAAACUGUACAUGACACCGAGCUCAUUCAAGGUGUAAUACUACCCAGAGGCACACAGGUCCUUUUAGCAAUUUACGAAGUGCAUAGGCGUAAAGAAAUUUGGGGUCCUGACGCAAAUCGUUUCAAUCCAGAUAACUUUUUGCCCGAGAACGUUGCAAAGCGUCAUCCAUAUUCAUAUAUGACUUUCUCGAAAGGCCCACGUAACUGUUUAGGCUUUCGUUAUGCUGAAAUCACGUUACGUAUGAUAUUGAUCCAUACCGUACGGAGGUUGAAAUUUUCCAUGACCUUUAAAUAUGAAGAUAUCGUUCUUGUGCCAAAAGUUACUUUGGGGUUUAAAACCGAUCCGCCACUAAACAUAGAGGUCAGGUCCAACUAAAUUGCAAAAUAUUAUACAUUCCUUAUUUUUAGGUUUACAGUGAUCAAGUAAAUGGCAUUCGAUAAUUUUAGGAAAUACGUAUUUUGUGUGUCAUAAAUCAAAUAAAGUUGGUAAGGUAGUGCGAAAGGAGUUCUUAGACUAAUUCCACUGUUGUAUAGUAGAAUAGUGCUUUCUCAUCCGUAAAUAUGGCUGUGUUUUCCACAAUGCGAGAAUCCAUUGGGAGUGCCCUUUGACCAAAUUGUCUAUGGAAAUCGCAGCUUUUCAUCGCGCGAAGUGGUCUAACAGUUUCGCUGACUGUAACCGUCUACUAAAAUGUAAAGUUUUUUCACAAUAAUAAUUAUUUGCAAUUUCUAUGUUUUUUACCGUUCGCUGUUUUGCUACUUUGUUGUUAUUUAAUUGUAUGAAGGAAAAAGUAGAACUCUCAAUAAUAUUUAUAUUAAUUUGAUACAUUGGACGCCAGGUAGACUUUGCCAAAGCUUUAAAAUUUAUAGCAAAUCUGACAAAUACUAGGAAAUAAAAAGCAUACUUAGUCAAAUAUAAAUACUUCACAGUAUGGAAAUUAA